AUGAUUCUUCGUGGCCGAUUCGUUCUCAGCACAAACUCGAAGAACAUCGCUGGCAAGCUUCACGGAGAAGUCGAGAUUGUUAUUCUCAAAACACUCUAUUUCUAUUACUCGAAGGGAGCGAAGCACCGAAUUGAGAUUCGGGUUGUGUCUUGCGGUACCAACCGGAUUCCUUCGGGUGAACACCCUGCCAUUAACUCGAAUGCAUCUUAA